UCGUUGUGGUAAAGUGUUACCGCUGGCAUGCAGAACAUAUCAAGAAAAACUCCCUGACCAUUACACCAAUGUUGUACAUCGUAAUAAGCUUUCUCAGGCGAUGAGGGUUUUUUCCCAGCAUGCACGUGGACCAGCUUACGAACAUUUCGCUGAUCAACUCCAAGAAGAGUGUGAAAGAUUUUGGCAUCACAAUAGAAGAUUAUGUGAAGUUGUGAGUCUCACAGGAAACCACUGUAUUCAUCCUCUGCACAUUGUGCCAGGUACAAAAGAAGAAAGCGUUGCCGAGCAGAAUAAAGACGAGACUUCUCCUCCCAUCAUGCAUCACGCAAGUCAUAACAAAUCCACAUGUACAUGUAAUUGUGGCAGGAAACAAGCGCAGAGAGAAGACCCAUUUGAUAUAAAGUCUGCAAACUAUGACUUCUUUCAAAAUUUGGAGCCCAAAUGUUGUGGUGUUCUUGAACAUUGGAAGUUCCCAGUUUUCCAGCCCAGCGAAGAUGAGACUUUGGAACCGAAAGAGAUUUCAGCAUUGGACGUGAAUCCUCAUAUUCCCAUUCAUAAAACAGAGAGCAAUGCAAGCAGCACCGAACAGGGAAGAGCAGAAACACAACCUUGUGCACUGAGCAUUGCUUUGAGUCUUGGGCAGUCUGGUGGAAGUGAAAUAUUUGGAGGUCAUGGAAGCGAUAAUAGUUCUGCUGAUGGUAUGCUUGAUAUACUGAGCGUGUCUGAUGUGACACACAUUGUACAUAAAGACAAGCAGCAGCCCAGACGACAAGCCUCCACCACUGAAUAUUUAGCUGAUACCAGCCAUGAUUCUCACGUCAGGGCGUAUAUCGGUGACGAAUACGAAUGUCCUCGCGGUGUCAGAUUCAUUUGUUCAGGUCCGGAUAAAAUGUUAAAAGUUACAGGUUCCAGCAAUAUUAAGGAUACAGCAAACAGACUUGUUACCAUGGAUAUGCCUCUCUACUUUCCUUGUCCGUGUCGCUCUGCUAAAAGUCACAGAGCACAACUCAUGCGAGUGUUCAUUGUGUGUCCGGAUGGUCCGGUGCAUAUCCGGUUGAAUCCCCGUGUACAACCUGGAUCAGUGACAGCACCAAUAUAUAACACUGGUGUUGGUGAUGAUGGCAUAGUGCUUCCUACCAAUGCAUUAUGGACUUUCCUUGUUGCAGGUUUGGAUCAGCCUGGUUUUCUACAUGGAAGUAGUUUUCUGCUUCCUUGGGAUAUUCCUAUUCCAAGUGAGGCAAAGAGUGAACAGAACUGGCCAGCUCCCAGUGAAGGAGGACGCAGAGGCGGAAAGAAAAUGGAUAAAAGGGCACAAAAAGAUAUGAUUCAAAAUGGCUGA